AUGGGCAACUUAUUCAGCUCGUUAGGACAGCUUCCUGCGGUCUAUAUUGACCUUAAGAAUGCUACCCCAACCAAUGAUGUUGAAAGAAAAAUAGUAGAAGACUUUCAAGAAAAAGUUUUAAAUCCGGGUAAGAAUUUAUACGACAAGUUUGCUAAUUACAAAGACGGUCAAGAAUUUGUUAAGAUAGCUAUGAGGGAUACAUCUCAAGCAAACAAAGAUGCAGCAUGGAACGCAAUUUUACCAAACGUUUAUACUCAGAUGGAUGGAUACUAUUUCUCCAGCACUAUUGCAACAGAAUUUGUCAAUGUCAUGAGUUCAGUUUUAGAAAUUGCUGGUGCUGCAAAGGUUGAUUUCUUCACACAAUAUCCGGCCUUAACAAAGUGUUUUGCAGACUGUUUUGAUGUAUGCUUGAAAUUCGAUCAGAUCCCUAUAAAGAAUCCUUUCCUCCUUAAUGACCUUGCCUAUUUCAGAAGAAACUGCAGAGAACACAAUCAUGACGGCAGCUUUGAUAAUUUGCUUACUGAUUCAAACUUUUCAACAGUUUUCUGGGGCUCUAGAAUGCCCUUCACAAUGAAGGUCGUUUCCGAAGUCCAAGAUAAAUAUAAAUCAAAUGCUACACAGUAUGCCAAUGUAAUUAAUCUUAUUGGCUUAGUUGCAGACUGCUGCACUUCUAUCUGCACAAAAUCUGAUAAUCCUUCACAAGAAAUUUGCAUAAUCGCUCUCCGCUGCUUAACAGCAGCCAUUAUCAUUUACGAUUCGCUCAAUCCACUUGGAGCUUUCCACCACGAAGUUAGAUACCACUAUCGUGAAGCUGUUGAUUUAUUGUUAAAUUACACUCCAAAACAACAGGAUUUGAUUGAUAUUGUCAAGUAUUGCACUACAUCGCUGAGCAAGCCAACAACAGAUUCAAAGAUCAAGGCUUUACUCGCUUAA